CAUUGAGCCAGCGUGGGGUGGACGGGCAACCAAACACGCCCUCAACCUCAGUGACCAGACCAAAUGUUCGCUCGCUGGAGGCCGGGAAAAAAAAGGCAACCAGUUCCGCUUCUCCACGACCAUCGCUCGCCGUAGCCAUAGCCGUUCACCGCCGCCGCCGCCGCCGCCGCCUCCACUCUACUCCCAUAAAACAAAAGCGUCCCCGGAAGCCGAACCUUUUGCUUCGACCCGCGGCGCCCGAGGAAAAGCCGAACCCAACCCUAACCCUAGCCCGAGGGCUCCUCGCCGGCGUCGGCGAUGGAGACUACUGAGUCGGAGCCGGCACCGGAGCUUCCCGCGGAGGAGGAGAUGACGCUCAUCCGAGAUAUCACCGCCGCCUCGGAGGCCCACGCCAAGGAGGGUGACAUCUUCUUCCUCAUCACAAACAGGUGGUGGCAAAGUUGGAUUGAUUAUGUUAUUCAAGAUUUGGCUGGUGUACCAAGUAAUGGUUCUCAUCAUCAUGAGUUUGGUUCAAAUACUCCUAGAAGGCCAGGAGCUAUUGACAAUACAAAUUUGUUGGAUGACAUGGCAUCUGAAGUCUCCGACAUGCAGAUUGAGCUACAUGAUACCUUGGUUGAAGGCCGUGAUUAUAUAUUGCUCCCUCAGCAAGUCUGGGAAAAGCUGCAUGGUUGGUAUGGCGGAGGGCCAACACUACCAAGAAAGGCAAUCAAUACUGGCUUGUCUCAAACUGAUCUAGCCAUAGAAGUUUAUCCUUUACGUCUGCAGUUACUUCUGAUGCCGAAAGGAGAGCAAGCUGUAGUAAGGAUAAGCAAGAAGGUUACAGUUGAUGAGCUCCGUAAGAAGGCGUGUGAGGUUUUUGAUCUGGUACCAGAUGAGGUGUGCAUUUGGGACUACUAUGGUCGAACAAAGCAUGCUUUGAUGGAUAACUUGGAGAAAACUCUUGAUGAUGCCAACAUUCAAAUGGAUCAAGAUAUUCUCGUUGAAGUCGCCACUGAUGCAAAUGGUAGUUUGGAUGGUGCGUGCAUGAGUUCGAUCCAAGAAGAUUAUUUUGGAAGCGCAUCAACUUAUUUGAUGACAGAUGCUUCGAAAUCAGGAUUCUCAAAUGAGAAUUUAGCAUCACUCUGUUAUGGUUCCAGAAGCUACAGCUCGAGUCUUAUGCAAAGCCAGUACCUGCGCUCUUCCAGUGGUGACUUGGAUAAUGUUCCUGGUACUGUUGGUGUGACCACCAGGGGAUCUCCGUCAGGUCUUACUGGGCUACUUAACUUGGGAAACACAUGUUUCAUGAACAGUGCUGUACAAUGUCUUGUGCACACACCAGAGUUUGCUAGAUAUUUUCGUGAAGAUUACCACUGUGAAAUUAAUUGGCACAAUCCUCUGGGUAUGGUGGGUGAACUUGCAUUAGCUUUUGGAGAGCUACUGAGAAAACUUUGGGCUCCUAGCCGCACCCCAGUGUCUCCACGACCAUUCAAAACAAAGUUGUCUCGGUUUGCACCUCAGUUCAGUGGAUACAACCAACACGAUUCACAGGAGCUGUUGGCAUUCCUCCUGGAUGGACUGCAUGAAGACUUGAACCGUGUGAAACAUAGACCUUACUUAAAAUCCAAAGAUGCUGAGGGACGAUCAGAUGAAGAGGUUGCUGAUGAGUAUUGGGCAAAUCACAUUGCCAGAAAUGAUUCUAUCAUUGUUGAUGUAUGCCAGGGGCAGUACAAGUCAACUUUGGUCUGUCCAGUAUGUGGAAAGGUUUCAGUGACAUUUGACCCAUUCAUGUAUCUUUCCUUACCUCUACAAUUUGCUUCAACGCGGAGCAUGACUGUUGUGGUUUUCACUUGUGAUGGGAGUGCUCCACCAAUACCAUACACUGUAAGUGUACCCAAGCAAGGUAGGUGCAGGGACCUUAUCCAAGCACUCAGCAACGCAUGCUCGCUUAGAAAUGAAGAGAGACUUCUAAUUGCCGAGAUACGUAAUCAUAGGAUCCAUCUUAUUCUCGAGGAUCCAGUGCUCCAGCUUUCUACAAUUAAAGAUGAUGAUCACCUGGCAGUUUAUAGGCUUCCAAGAUUGGAAAAAAGGGCAAGUUAUGUUCAAUUUGUGCAUCGCCGUGAAGACUUGGACCUUGGAAACAAUAGCAGCUCAACCUCUUGGAAGCCAUAUGGUGUUCCUCUUCUUGCACAAAUAUCUCGCAAUGAAACUGUCACCGGUUCUGAUAUCCAUGAGAUGGCCCGUAAAAUGCUUGUGCCCAUGUUCAGAAAUCAUGUGGCACAACAUUCGGCAGUUCAAAGUUCUCUUUCCACAAGAACACAAAGCUAUCACACCGACAGCAGCAAAUUUCAGCUACAGUUGAUUGAUGAUAGCAACACAGUGAUUGAGCAAACUGAUUAUGUUAUCAGGGUUCCGCAGUCUUCGGUUGCAACUGUUAUUUUUGUCAACUGGUCCAAGUUAGAUCUUAAAAAGUUGAACACAAACCAUCACCUUCCAGAGGUGUUUAAGUAUGCUCCUCCCGCCAAGAGAACCCGUGGUGAACCUCUCUCACUCUAUGCAUGCUUGGAUGCUUUCUUGAGAGAAGAACCACUUGUUCCUGAAGAAAUGUGGUACUGUCCAAGGUGCAAGGAGCAAAGGCAAGCUAGUAAAAAGCUUGAUUUAUGGAGACUACCAGAAGUGUUAGUUAUUCAUUUGAAGAGAUUUUCAUUUAGUAGGUCAACUAAGCAUAAGCUGGAAACUUUUGUUAAUUUCCCAAUACAUGACUUGGAUUUGACAAACUAUAUUGCUAACAAGAUACCUCAGCGUCAAACUUAUGAGCUGUAUGCUGUUAGCAAUCAUUAUGGCAGCAUGGCGAGUGGGCAUUAUACUGCUUACAUAAAGCUCUUGGAUGAGAACAGGUGGUACAAUUUUGAUGAUAGCCAUGUUUCUGCCAUCAAUGAAGAAGAAGUGAAGUCAGGUGCAGCUUACGUGCUGUUCUACAGAAGAGUUAGAGAAGCAGAUGGAGCAGCAAGCAAUGGAACCCAGUCAUGUGUGAAACGAAGCCGCAGAUCUAGCCAAAGAUAAUCUGAGUUGUUGCAUAGCUUUGCAAUUUUAGAAGAACCCUUUGGGUUCCUUUUUUGUGUGUGGAAUUGCAAGGUUUCGGUGUGAGACCAUAGGAUAUUGUGGCUAUACAGCGGACGGGAGGAAUACCAUUAGAAGUUGGCUGUCAAUACAGAUGGGGAAUGAUGAGAACAUAGCGAAUGGUUAACUAGGUGGAUAUUGCUGCGGCUAUAUAGCUUGGACAGAGUGUAGGUUUGCUUGCCAUGUUCAUCUUUCUAGUUCUGCCUAGAAGAGAAAUGAAAGAUGGGCCAUUAGGUUGCACCGCCUUGUUCAAGUUGAUUAGAGUUUUAUAUUUCAUAGUUAUAUGUACGUAGCUAGUGUACACCUUACUGUUUUUAUCAUUAAUGCUAUGCCACAGGGCAUUGUUUUACCUGUUUCA